GAAGGUGUGCAGAGCUGAGCCCACCGACUCGCAGGUUGGAAAAGAUGCCAUCCGUUACGUAAGGAUACGUACGCAUUACGUACAGCAACCUAUUCAUCAAUGGCAUCCUCUCACAGACUCUUGCAAUCUCCACCGACCGAGAUCGACGAUGAGGAAGACCGUCCUCCAGUUAAAGUAAUCAGCGCUUAAAAUCUAAGUGCCCGUGGUCGGGGCGGUGCGGUAAUGACUAUCGAACGUUAGCAUCUGUCGAGGCAUUUCUGCUGAGGAGAGGUUUGGCUCUACGGUACCACACUGCUUCAAUUCAUUUCCCUACACGGAGCAUUCCUCGCAUCACACUAAUCAAGCGCGUCGCUUCAGCCCACCGUCUUCUCAAUCCAGAGACACACGUGGAGAGGAAAUCACACUGCCUGGUGCGAAAACAACGCGGAAUUGAUCCCAAAUUAUAAAUUCAAAAAGCUAUUUUUUUUUUAGUACAACGGGGUUGUAGAUCUUCAGGGUGCUGCUCGACUAGAGUCAUGGGGCGACUGACGGGACUUGCCCCCGUCACCUUUGCCGCGCUGUUCCUUGUUGCGACUCGCAUCCACGUGCAAUCUAUGGAGCUCCAGGAGUACGAGUUGGUAGACCACCUCCUACAAGACUAUUAUCCACUGGUCAGGCCGGUAGCCGACCACCGUGACGUCAUCGAUGUCCUGAUGGACAUGACGCUGGUAGAGAUUGUUAAUAUGGACGAGGAAAACCAAAUUAUGGUCAUCAGCGUGUGGAUGUAUCAACAAUGGAAGGAUUCCAACCUUCAAUGGAACCCUCCCGAUUUCUACAACAUCACUCAGAUAACUCUUCCGUCUACAGACAUCUGGAAACCAGACAUCGUUCUGUAUAACAACGCCAACGACAACCUAAAUGGUGGUAUACGCAAGACGCGUGCCCUCAUCGAUUUUGACGGCACAGUCACGUGGAAGACACCGGCCAUCCUGAUGAGCGCCUGCGAGAUGAACCCGCUCUUCUUCCCCUUCGACAUUCAGAACUGCUCGCUCAAGUUCGGUUCCUGGACAUUCCACGGUGACCAGCUCAACCUACAGCUGAAUGUCACCUCGGCCGAUACCUCCAUGUUCCAGGGCAAUGGGGAGUGGAACUUGCUCGAGAUGCCGGCAUUGCGCGAGGUCAGCUACUACCCUUGUUGUACCGAGGCUUACCCAAUCGUCACCUUCUACGUGGUACUGGAGCGCCGGUCCCUGUUCUACAUGUUCAACCUGGUGCUGCCCUGCGUGCUGAUCGCAUCCAUCGUCUUGUUUGGUUUCUUCCUGCCGUCUGACGCCGGCGAGAAGAUCACGCUGACCAUCACCAUCCUGCUGGCCCUCACCGUGUUCCUGCUGCUGGUUGCCGAGACUAUCCCACCCACGUCCGAGGUUAUCCCCCUCAUAGGACAAUUCUAUGCCGCCAUCAUCGUCUUAGUUGGCUUAUGCGCCUCACUGACCGUCGUCAUACUAAGCGUUCACCAUCGGGGCGAUUGCACUCACGUGCCCCGCUGGGUCCACACUCUGAUCUUGGUCAAGCUGGCCACCAUACUCCACGUCCGAAACCAGAUCUCCCAGUCCUCUAUGGAGAUGGAACUGCACGCGCCGUCCGAGGUCGACAUGGGCAGCAUGUCGCCGCGAGGUGGCGUCCUCAACCCCAUAUUCGAAGGGGACGACGGGAUCGAGGAGCAGCACCACCAGCAGCAGGACGACGAACGUAGAGGGAGCUCUUCAGAAAAAGCUGGAUCGGCCAUGAUGGAGCGACAGCUCUCUACGGGAGCGGACACCAACAUCAUCGAGCAAUACAUUACGUCCAUAUCCAAGAACGUUUCAUAUUUGGUGCGGCGGGGACGCGACGAGGACAGCAGUCAGAAGGUGGCUACGGAAUGGCAGGAGGUUGCCAUGGUGCUGGAUCGACUGUUUAUGGUCGUCUUCUCAUUUCUUAUCGCUUUCGUGGCGCUGUCCACCUUACUAGCGGCAGCCAUGCGUGUGUCCCUUUUGUAGCGGGAAUUUCUUUUCUUCCUCCUUCCCGUCGAUCUUCCUUUAUUUUGAGGCAACUCGACCGUGAGGCGCUUAAAUUAAUGAUACCCCACAUCAUGCAAAAUAAGCAAGAACGGAAUCCAUAGACAUCGUUAUGUCAAUCUUUUUUUUUCAAAGAGCCAACAAAAUCAUCAUACAAAGCGUGAUACUGGAACGGCUAAAAACAGUUCAGUUUAGUCUUUCGCUGAUCAUGCGCACUCUGACAGUGGAGCUGACACCGCAACUUAUGACGAUGUUCAUAAAUGAACUGUCUAUAGAAAACAUUCCACUCUUAGUUAUUUUUGGACUUAUCUGGGUUUUUCUCUCUCAAUAUGCCAGUGCUGUGGUAGUCAUUAGCCGUUUUGAAGUGUGGCAGACAGAAUGGAGGGCGCUAUUUUAGAGCAGGUAAGCUCUUGUAUUUACUGAAAUUUACCCACUUCAAAUAACGCCCUCCUAUUUGUCCGCCACACUAAAAGGGAAAUCGUCAUUGUAAUUCUUUUGUACGCAGUUGAAUGUGUAUGUGAAUGUCAUAUCAUUUAGUGUUGAUUCUUCGCUGUAUAGGGGCAGGUCCUCGUUCCAAUAGGUGUACGUAUUCUGUAUGAAUAACUUGAAACAGUAUCGACUAACAUAAACUAAGGAUAAGUAGAAUAUUUUACUGACACUUUGUAAACAAAGGAUUAUGAAAAUAAUUAUAUUUGUAACCACUGCUUUGUACAGUACAAAAAAAAUUCAUGUUCAUUUGAAAAGUUUAUACUUUGACAAUUCAGAAUUGCAGGCAGUUAUCGUGUACGGAUCUGUACGUGGUCAGGGAAGGGCGCCCUCGGGCAUUCAAAAUUACUUGGCUACGGCCGGUUGAGUCAACUUCGAAUAGACUCGUGUGUUACUGCCGGUGUAGCGUGAAAUUACGACUCUGUGAAAUACUCAUUGGUAGUAUCGCGCAUGCGUAAGUAUGAUAAUUUGGAGAGUGACCAGUCACGUGAGAGAGUUUAACCAAUAAUAGCGUAAAUGUGUCCAAUUUUCAUAGGGGUCCGAUUUUCAUAUGCCACCGGCCGUAGCCUUUAUUUCUCAUAGAAUGAGCAAGUUUAAGAUUUCACGAUUUUCUCUUCGGGAUAAACAAACUACUGUGUACGCUUGCGAAAUGGAAUUCCCAUCGAAAUAAAAAAAGUCUUGUUUUGCAUUUGAUGUGUUUUAGAGGAGCAUAUUUACAUUUAAACUUUCGUGCGAACAGUGUUUUUGUGUUUUCGUUUUAAUUGCAAGAAAAAAAUAUUCAUAAUUAAUUUUGGUUAACAUUACCCAAUAGACUUGUGUAUACAUAUCUAUUGCGUUAAACCAGUCAAAAUUUGGUAAAAUUCGGCAUGGAAAAGUUAAAACAUAGAAUACAUUGAAUGAUAUAUUACAACUGUACAACGGAAGAUACUGUACAUGCCUACAGAUAAAAGUACAAUUGUUUUAAUGUAUUAUGUUUAAAAAUUUAAAAAACAAACAGUUCACAUAUUUCAGUACUUAAAACCCACUCAUCGAUGUAAAUAGAUAUUCGUUUGCGAUACGUUGAUUUGUUUCCCGUAACGUGUGUUGGGUGUCAAUAUGUAUUUAUUUAACAAACUAACAUUUGUUUUAUCAAUCAGUAUAUCUUUAUAAUGUCUUGCUGUAAAAAAUACAUUACAAACCAAGUAUCGUAAGUUGUAAUUUAAUUAAAGUGUGAAUAUUUAUAAAAAGGAAUAUAGAUCCGAAAGGUCUGAAAUUAGUUGUGUGUGUAAGGAAGCCGCGCAUGGCAAAAUGACAUUUUAGAAACUAGAAAGCUAUUUCAGCUGAUCCGUACAAAUGUACGGACACGAGAUCUUAACACGGUCAUAUCCACGGGAAGCCAUUGACCUCUACACUAACGAACUGGCAGACAGUGCUCACACAUGAAGCAGCCGUCCGCCAUUUUGGGUCACUCAUGACGCAUGCGCAGUAAGUUCGUCUAUGCAUGAUUUGUCGUCAGAGUUGAAGCGUUGACCAAAAAAAAAUCUGAUCGGCUUUUGAGAUACAAUCGUUUUCCAGGGCUGGCCAAAAUCCAAACAAUAGCUGACAACUGUAGGGGGAUUGUUUUAAGUGAAACAAAAAAUCAACUGCAUACUGAUACAAAUUUUACGUCUCGGCGUGAAGUUUUGGCGAACCGCAAGUACGGAAUUGUGUCAAGGCGCAUUCGCAAAUUAGCGUUUCACAGCGCAACUAAGCGUACAGCGGAGAGGUCAUUUCUUAACGUCACGGUCAUUUUAUUCAACUUUAAUUCCUGUAUAUUUAGUUUGCUACUUUCUGUAAUUUACUGUAAUUGUUUAUUUCCCGCGGGCAAAAACGCAUUUGAAAGCAUCGAAGUUAAACUCACUGUUGUUGACACGGAAACAUUUUAACCUAAAUCGAGCACGACAGCAAAGUAAAAGCUGCCGAGUCGUAAUGCCAAGAAAAACAACACCUUUUGGUUGAAAAAGUAAUUGUUAAACACUUGUAUGUUGGUGGAACUUAAAUACCACUAGAAGGCGCCGUGCAUGAAACAUUGAUUAUGCAUGAUUGACAUCAGAAGAGCUCAGCUUGAAGUUGACGUAGGGCGCCCUCGUUUGUCGAUAAUACAGCACUGUAGUUUUCAUUCGGUCAGCGGCGUAACUAGGGUCUUCGCUCGUACCCAUCUAAAGGGCUUAUCUCCUGCACAAAUUUGGUGAAGGAAGCGCAGGCGCGCAAAGCAUUGUGGGCAGCUUACUGCCCAAUGCACGUACAUUCUGUGUGCGCACGUGUCAUGUGCAGGCGAAAGUGUUUGUGUCUUCUAACAAAUUUUAUCCAAUGGGGGCUCGAAGAAGUUACGUCAUUCAUGCAGAAUAAAUUAAUUAGCACUUCCCAGCGCCCUGUUUGGGCGGUGGAUACGAGCGAAAAGUAGCGUCAAACUUCUGGGGAGGGCACUUGGGGUGCAUAAUUCAGUGGGGCACUAAAUGUAAACGUAACGUACCAUUUCAACAUUGAAGUAUAAUUUUUUUUUUUCAAGUCAAUGUUUCAAAUGGGGGUCCCGGGGGACACGGAUAACUGCUGGGGGUGACCCCGCCCCCGUACUUAAUUAUGCCACUGAUGACAACAUUAUCUCAUUUUAACAUUAUCAUCGUAAUAUACUUGUAAAAUUGAUCUGGACCUAGUUAUCAUAAAAUAGGACAUCCUUUAUAUCGUAAAAAGGACAAAGGGAACAUCCUCAUUUGGAUGUCUCUUUAUGUAGGUACAUUUUGCGCUAUUGGUAUUCGAAUAAUCAUAAACGUACUAAUUGGCGUCGCCAGGUGAAUUUGUAUGGGGAGUUUGACCACAUAGUAUUGCACAAAAGACCAUUACGGUCAGAUACGUAUAGCCAUAUUUGUA